ACAAAUUUCAUUAUUUCACUUUUGUCAUAUGACAAAAUUUUGGUUAAUUCAAAAUAAAAAUAUAAAAAUUCAUACUUUGGAUGUUGGAAAACGAGGAGCAUGGUGAUAUUGACAUGCUUUAGGGAUUUUAAGGAGCUGGUUACAAGAGUUUGUUAUUUAUCUGUUUAUAAUUUGAGCUGCAGGAUGUCGGAGCUACCUUUUAGGGCUCGGGAAAAGCUUCUUGAGAAGCAAAAACAUUUUCAAAGUGUCCACAAGCAUACACACCUGAAAGGACCAUUGGAUAAGAUCACCUCGGUGGCCAUUCCUCUUGCUCUGGCUGCAACUUCAAUUUAUCUAAUUGGACGGGGGAUCUAUAAUCUGUCUCAUGGGAUUGGAAAGAAAGAAUGAUGAUGGCAUGAGCAGUAUGAUCUUAGCUGCUCAUAUUUGGAAGACUUUUGUUCCUAUGAACAUUAACUUGGAAGUUUGUUUGUUACCUUCAAUAAGUUGCUAGUUGCAUACUUCUUUAAUGUCAUCACUUUGACCGUAGUUUCUGUAAGAUUCAGCAAGUUGUUUGAUAUCCCUUUCACUUUUUGGUUGUGGUUAGUUUUGGAAAUCUUGUUAUGAGUAAAUCAUUAAACCACGAAUAAACAUCAAAAUAUUUGAUUGAAAAUGCAGACUACCAUCUGAGAGUUAAU